UUGUAUUAUAGGGACUGCUAUGCGUUGUCAGCAUUCCGCGCGGCUACGGAAGGCCCGACGCAUAGCUCGCUCCUCAGUUGUCUCCCGGUCGUGAUUGGUGAAAUACACGUCUUAAUUAAGUACUUUCGCAUUUCAUAUUAUAUACUCCCAGAUACCUAUAGUGGUGACCCCGAAUGAACAUUAAUUGAGUGCACCUUGAACUUUUACGGCAGUGAAUUAUAAUAUUAUUUUGCAUACAGACUUAAGUAAUAAUUAUUUUAUGGGGAUCUGGUUGAGUUAAAUUCGUAAUCGUCUUGAGUGCGCGUGUGUUUGCGUGUGCUAUCGGGCAGACAACUCCCCGGCUCCAGGGUCAUCGGAACCAAAUUUAAGAGGUGUAGCAGAAUGUCUCCGACACCACCAACCCCACAAACAACAACUAUUGAAUUAUCCGCUAUAUCAUUAGCUGCAAAGAUACCUGAUUUUUGGCAGGACCAGCCGCGACUAUGGUUUUUGCAGGUGGAAGCUAUUUUAGCACAACAGAAGGCAGGUGAUCAAUCAAACUACAAUAUGGUCAUCGCAAAAUUAGGAAAGCAAGCAAUUCAGCAAGUUGCGGAUAUCCUUGAGAAGCCGCCUAGUGAGAACAAAUUCGAUACUCUGAAGGCCAGAUUGCUUAGUGUUUACGAGGAGACAGAAGCGAAGAGGUUACAGCAAUUGAUGUCAGACAUGGAAUUGGGUGAGCAACGACCAUCUCAGCUAAUGAGGAGAAUGCGUGACCUUGCGCGUGAUAAAAUUCCGGACGACACUUUAAUCUAUUUUUGGCAAGGUCAUCUACCACCAUCGGUAAGGGCAGUCGUAGCGUCAGCAGAUUCAAAAAACUUAGAAAGCCUUGCAAGUAUUGCCGACAAGGUCAUGGAGACGUUUAAACCGAAUGAAGUCGCCUCAAUUCAGACAACAUCGCGCCAAAGUUCAUCGAAUGAUUUUAUAACGGCGGAAUUAGCGAAGAUUAACAGCCGCAUCAGUGAAUUAGCCAGCUCUAGUGGACGAGGUAGGAGCCGAAGGAGGAACCGCAGCCAGGGACGAGCACGUAGUCGCUCACGCAACAACAGCCGCUCUGGGAGGACCCCUAACAGCCCUGAUUGGUUGUGUUUCUACCAUUACCGAUACAAGACCAAGGCCAAUAAGUGCGUGCAGCCAUGCAGCUGGAAAGGACAGUCGCCGACGGGAAACUAGACACCGUGCAGACGUUUUCGGCGGAACCCUGCACCUUGGUAAAUAAUUAUCGCCUUAGUGUAAUAGAUAGAAACUCUGGUUUUAAAUUUUUGGUCGAUACAGGCGCAAAUGUGAGUGUGAUUCCAAAAAACUUUAAAUUUGCGAAAGACUCUUUACAAUCCGUUAAAAAUUGCAAGUUAUACGCCGCGAAUAACACCGAGAUUAAGUCAUAUGGAUACGUCACAUUAACGUUAAAUUUGAAUUUGAGACGUACUUUUAAGUGGAAUUUUAUUGUAUGUGAUGUUAAACAACCUAUUAUUGGAGCAGAUUUUUUGCAUAAUUAUAGACUCAUUGUGGAUUUGUAUGGCAAAAAGUUAGUUGAUAAUUUGACAAGUAUUUAUGUAAUUGGUACGAUCAUAAACCAUACUGACUCA